AUGACCGAAGCUACCGUUGCUUCUAUUAAACCCUCGAACGCAUUGCCUUUCAUACCUUCAUACUUACGAAACACACCGCUGGACAUAUAUAAUAAAACUGCUAAGGAUCCAAUAUUUUUACCAACUCAGUGGAACGUUGAUGAUUCCUCUGAUUAUAUUAAAGUCAUGGACAAUGGAUUGGGACUUCGAUGCAUUGGUCCGGGUAGAAAUAACUCAGAUGCGGCCGCCAUAAGAACGGAUUUUCCUAUUCCUCGUAAAGCUGGUUUUUUUUAUUAUGAAUUGGACAUAUUAAAUAAGGGAGAGAAAGGAUUCAUUGGACUUGGAAUUGGAUUGGAACAUGUAGAUUUGAAUAAAAUGCCCGGUUGGGAAAGGUAUUCAUUGGGAUAUCAUGGUGAUAAUGGAUUGGUAUACAUACAACACCCUAGAGGAAGAAAUUAUGGACCUCUAUUUACGGAAGGAGAUACGAUUGGAUGUGGUGUGAAUUUUUAUAAUCGUACCGUAUUUUACACAAAAAAUGGUGUUAAUUUAGGAACGGCAUACAUGGGAAUUGAUCAUGGAGAAUUCUAUCCUAUGGUUGGGUUAAUUACUACAGAUGAAUGGGUGGAAGCCAAUUUCGGGGAAAAGCCUUUCAUGUAUAACAUAUCACUUCAUGCAGGGAUGGUUUUUGACCAUGCAGUAAAGAAUGAUCUUCACAUAGAACAAGAAUCACCUGGAGAUUAUGAACUUGAUGACCUAAUGCCUCCGAGGUUUUACUGUGACAACUGUGGAGCUUUUUAUUGA